ACACACACACAGACACACAGACACAGACACAGACCGGUCCCUACAUCCAGAAUACUCCGCGGUGCGGAGAAUCGGUGCGCAAGGCGCCUUGGAGAGGACAAUCCCAACCAUGCACAGGCUGCUGUCCAGAGGGGCUCUGAGAUUCCUGCCUUGGAUGGGGAACGUGGGGAACGUUUUCGAGUCCCGCUGGCUCACAGGACGCACAAUUGGCCACACCAGCCCCCUCCUGGCCUUCCUGCGCCCCCUGGCUGAAGCGAACAAUUUCCCCCUCUAUCCAAACCACAUCCCCACCAGCCUCUUGCAGAAAUGCCUGCUGACCGCCGGAUCGGCCUUCAUGUCUCUCUACAACCCCUAUCGCCACGAUAUGAUAGCUGUCCUUGGAGAGACAACGGGUUCGAUAGCUUUACAAAAUCUCUGGGAACAGAUGAAGAGCGACCCAGAAGGAAGGCAGGUCUUACAAGAACGGCCUCGGAUCCGCCUUUCCACCCUGGAUGUGGUUGGCCUUCGGGGGCUUCCGGACGGGACCUUCGGCCGAGAAUACAUUCGUUUUUUGGAUGAUAAUAGGGUUUCUCCAGACACAAGGAUGCCAGCCCGGUUCAUAGACGACGAAGACCUGGCCUAUGUCAUCCAGCGUUACCGGGAAGUCCACGACCUGCUACACACCCUCCUUGGCAUGCCCACCAACAUGCUUGGGGAAGUGGUGGUGAAGUGGUUUGAAGCUGUCCAGACUGGCCUGCCCAUGUGCAUUCUGGGAGCCCUCUUCGGUCCUUUACGCUUAAAUACCAGAAAGUGGCACCUUUUGUCUGCAGAGCUCAUCCCAUGGGCCGUUGAGAGCGGACAAAACGCGACCUGCAUCUUGAAUUUUUAUUAUGAGAAGCGUUGGGAACAAACAGUAGAGUCUCUUCGCCGUGAAAUCGGCAUUCUGCCACCUCCUGGGAUCCAGGUGUGAGCUCCCAUGGCUGGAACAGGGGAACACCUGACAGAAGCCACCGCUUUCAGGAAAGCCCAGAAUUAAAAAUUCCGGGAAUUAACCCUCCCUUGACAAAGCCUAGGGGGUUUGGGGCCCUGCCUUCUUCAUCAGUGGUCCCUGGACUGUUCAGAAAAAGUUUAAAAGGAGAAAAG